CCCAGCUCCAUUCUCUAUAUAAAUGGUUCAAGCAUGUGAGUGAAAACACACACACAAAACACGUUAAACAUAUAAAAACAUUGCGUAUUGAAUCAUUGAUUAGCACAUAACACAUGGCUAACUUAAAAUUUUUGCUGUGUUUGUUGCUGAUCUGUAUUUCGUUGUCGCUGUCAUCAGCAUCUCGGCCAAUGCAGCAGCGGUUUGCAAACGCAGUGGGAAAUAAAGGAGGGCGUAUGAUGAGAGAAGCUGAAAAAGUGUUGAAAGCUAAUAUGGAGAAGCUAAUGGAGAGGGGCUUUAGCGAGUCCAAGAGACUUAGUCCUGGAGGUCCUGAUCCUCGUCAUCACUAAGUACUACGUACUCUCGUAU